CUGCAGCAAACAAUUAUUAUAGCGAUAAUAAUGUGCUAAAAAAUUAUGAUAAUGAAAGUCUUUUUGCUUAUGAUGAGUUAAUUGAGAUUGAGAAUGAUAAUGCUGAAGGUUUUGCAAAAACACUUUUAAAUGCAGCAAAUAUCUUUUAUUAUGAAA